AGAAAAAUCACUUUUGUCCAUAGUGCAUACUUUUCUAAAUGUCUUGUGGAAAAACUAUACAAAGAUUUCUCUUCACAACACACUAGUCUCACACUCACUCUCACACUUACAUUGACAUUUCCAAAGCCAAACAAAAUAUCAUCAAAACUUGAUUUUUAAGCAAAAUCCCUAAAUGGGGUUUCUUCAAUUUUCUUCCUUCACCAUAGAUCCGUAAAAAUCACUUUUUUUUUCCAUCCCAGUUUUCUCAUAGACCCAACAAAAAAAAUCACUUUUUUUCAUCUCAAUUUUGCUAUAAACAUAGCAAAAAUCACUUUUUUCAUCCUAAUUUUGCUGUUACACAGAAAAAAAGCACUUAUUUUCAUCACCAAAGAACCCUAAAAAUCAUGGCUUUUUCAUCAAGACGUGGAGGAAACUGGGCACAAUCGAUUCUACCAUCAUCAAAUCCAAAAUCAAAGCAACCCAGAAAAUCAAAACGAAGAACACUAGUGAAAGAUUUCAUCUUUUCAAAUUUCUUCAUAAUUGGACUAAUAAUCUCUUUGUUAUUUUUUCUGAUUGUUCUUCUCAGAUUUGGUGUGCCAAAACCAAUCACAACCCAUUUCAGAACUCGUACAUCACGUUUCAGAAAACCAAAGAAACUAUCACUUAAUGGUAGUAGUACAAUUUUUGGUGGUUUUGCUAGUGUUGAUUUGACUACAAAGGGUUUGUAUGAUAAGAUUGAGUUUUUGGAUGUUGAUGGUGGUGCUUGGAAACAAGGGUGGAGUGUUAGUUAUAGAGGUGAUGAAUGGGAUAAUGAGAAGUUGAAGGUUUUUGUUGUUCCUCAUUCUCAUAAUGAUCCUGGUUGGAAACUUACUGUUGAGGAGUAUUAUGAUAGGCAAUCUAGACAUAUUCUUGAUACUAUUGUUGAAACUCUUAGCAAGGAUCCUCGCCGGAAGUUCAUAUGGGAAGAGAUGUCAUACUUAGAGAGAUGGUGGAGGGAUACCACAGAUGUCAUGAAGGAAACAUUCAUCAAUUUAGUGAAAAAUGGGCAGCUUGAAAUUGUUGGAGGUGGCUGGGUGAUGAAUGAUGAGGCCAAUUCCCAUUAUUAUGCUAUAAUUGAACAGAUUGCAGAAGGCAACAUGUGGUUGAACGACACCAUUGGGUUUGUUCCAAGAAAUAAUUGGGCCAUUGAUCCAUUUGGUUAUUCAUCUACCAUGGCAUAUCUUCUUCGUCGUAUGGGUUUUGACAACAUGCUUAUCCAGAGGACCCAUUAUGAGCUAAAGAAAGAACUUGCAUGGCAUAAGAAUUUAGAAUAUGUAUGGCGUCAAAGCUGGGAUGCAGAAGAAACCACAGAUAUAUUUGUCCAUAUGAUGCCCUUUUAUUCAUAUGACAUACCUCAUACGUGUGGUCCUGAGCCAGCUAUUUGUUGUCAGUUUGACUUCGCACGCAUGCAGGGUUUUGUUUAUGAACAAUGUCCGUGGGGACAAUAUCCUGUGGAGACUACUCAGGAAAAUGUUCAGGAAAGGGCACUUAAGUUACUUGAUCAAUACAAGAAAAAAUCUACUUUGUACAGAACAAAUACUCUUCUUGUUCCGCUUGGAGAUGAUUUUCGCUAUAUUAAUGUUGAAGAAGCCGAAGCACAGUUCAGAAAUUACCAAAUGUUGUUUGAUUAUAUCAAUUCAAACCCCAGUUUGAAUACAGAGGCGAAGUUUGGUACUUUGGAAGACUACUUUACAGUGGUUCGGGAUGAAGCUGAAAGAAUAAAUUACUCAUCUCCUGGUGUAGUCGGAUCCGGUCUAGUUGAAGGUUUUCCUUCCUUGUCUGGUGAUUUUUUUACUUAUGCUGAUCGGCAACAAGAUUACUGGAGUGGUUAUUAUGUUUCACGGCCAUUCUUUAAGGCUGUUGACAGGGUACUGGAGCAGACACUUCGAGCGACAGAAAUGAUGGUAGCUCUAACACUUGGUUGCUGUCGGAGAGCACAUUGUGAGAAGUUUGCAAUGGCGUUUUCGUAUAAGUUGACUGCUGCUAGAAGGAACUUGGCUCUUUUUCAGCAUCACGAUGGUGUAACUGGUACUGCAAAAGAUCAUGUGGUUAUGGACUACGGAACUCGAAUGCAUACCUCAUUACAAGACUUGCAGAUUUUUAUGUCGAAGGGAAUCGAGGCACUUCUUGGAAUACGGUAUGAUAAAUUGGAUCAAAGUCCUUCUCAGUAUGAACCCGCAAUAGUGAGAUCUAAAUAUGAUGCUCAGCCAGUGCAUAAAGUGAUUAGUAUUCGUGACGGUACUUACCAAUCGGUUGUGUUUUAUAAUCCUUUGGAGCAAACCAGAGAAGAAGUUGUGAUGGUUGUUGUCGACCGUCCUGACAUUACUGUUGUUGACUCUAACAUGACCUGUGUUCAAAGCCAAAUUUCUCCCGAGUUACGGUAUCACAAUAGCAAGAUCUUUACUGGAAAGCAUCGUGUUUACUGGAAAGUUUUGGUUCCUGCAAUGGGGUUGGAAACAUAUUAUAUCUCCAAUGGUUUUGUUGGUUGUGAAAAGGCUGAGCCUGCAAAGUUGAAACUUUUCUCCAAGGCUAGUUCGGUUACCUGUCCUUCGCCGUAUUCUUGUGGAAAAAUUGAAGGUGAUGUAGCUGAAAUUGAGAAUCAGCAUCAAAAACUAACUUUCAAUGUAAGAUAUGGUUUGUUGCAGAAGAUAACCUUAAAGAAUAGUUCGCCGAGUAUUGUCAAUGAGGAAGUAGGUUUGUAUGCUAGUUCGGGUGGGGCAUACUUGUUUAAGCCGAGUGGUGAAGCUCAGCCAAUUAUUGAAGGAGAUGGACUUUUGCUGAUCUCAGAGGGCCCUUUGUUGCAGGAAGUAUUCUCUUAUCCAAAGACAGCUUGGGAUAAAUCGCCGAUUUCUCAUAGUACUCGAAUAUACAACAGCGAGGAUGCAGUUCAAGGGUUUGUCGUUGAAAAGGAAUAUCAUGUUGAGCUCAUUGACCGUCAUUUCAAUGAUAGGGAGUUGAUAGUUAGAUAUAAAACUGAUGUCGAUAGCAAAAAGGUUUUUUAUUCUGAUUUAAAUGGAUUUCAGAUGAGUCGAAGAGAAACUUAUGAUAAGAUUCCUUUGCAAGGCAAUUACUACCCUAUGCCCUCUCUUGCAUUCAUACAAGCAUCCAAUGGUCGAAGGUUUUCUGUCCAUUCUCGGCAAUCGUUGGGUGUGGCAAGCCUUCAAAAUGGAUGGCUAGAGAUAAUGCUUGACCGUCGAUUGGUAAGAGAUGACGGCCGUGGUUUAGGCCAAGGAGUGAUGGAUAACCGCGUAAUGAAUGUUGUCUUCCACUUAACCGUCGAAUCCAAUAUUUCCACUACAUCAAAUUCGGUUUCGAGCUCUUACCCUCUCAACCCUUCCCUUUUAUCUCACCGUGUUGGUUCUCAUUUGAACUACCCAUUGCAUGCAUUCAUUUCCAAGAAGUCACAGGAAUUGUCUGUGAAGCCACCGCCUCGAUCGUUUUCCCCUCUCGCCACUCCCUUGCCAUGUGAUCUUCAUAUAGUCAACUUUAAGGUUCCAAAGCCGUUAAAGUUUUUGCAGCAACCACAUGAAAGUUCUAGAUUUGUUCUGAUUUUGCACCGACGACAUUAUGAUUCUUCGUACUGUCGGAAGGGAAGAUCAUCACAAUGCACUAGACUAGCUAACGACCCCGUGAAUCUGUUCAGCAUGUUCAAGGAUAUUACAGCCUCGAAAGUUAAAGCAACUUCAUUGAAUCUUCUCCAUGAAGAUCCUGAAAUCAUAGGGUUCACAGAACAGUUUGCUGAUGUUGCACAAGAGGGGCAUGUUUCCAUAUCUCCAAUGGAAAUACAAGCCUACCGGUUGGAGUUGCGGCCGCAAUAAUAGAUUUUGCUCGUUACAUAAUUUUUCCUGCUGAUUUAUGCUGAAACUAAACAAAGUGAACAUUUUGUUACUGCUCCACUAAUGGCAGGGAUGAAUUAUUCUUGGACUAAUUUCUCAUUUGAACACUUGAGUUUAAGAUGGUGCAGGUAAAAGAAUGUAUUGAAACAUCCAUGCAAGAGGUGUUACCUUCGUCGAGGAUUAGAUGCAUGAUAUUUUGUAAGAUUGCUGUUAUAAAGACACGGAUGAGACUCUAUAGGUUCUACAGCGCGGCUCCUUGGUUGUUUAGUCUGCUUUUGUAGUAUUUUGAUAAUUUUUGUCUUUCUGGAGUAGAGUUGAAAAAUGAGUUUUGCUUUAUUGAACGAUAACAUAUCUUGUAUAACAAGUUUUCUUAGAGACUAGUGAUACAUUCAUGUACAUAUUUAAUACCUCUAUUUUGUGCAAAUGAGUGUAUUCUUCUUUGGUUGCAGGCUCAACAAUUUGCAUUCACAGUUAUGAAAAUACAUUUCCUAGA